CACACGAAAGCACCUGUGAGCUCUGGGCUGUCACACUCGCAGCGUCGGGGAUUCGUGGGAUAACUGCUCCGUGGGCGCUCCGUGGGAAUACAACGGCCAGCAGCAGCACAACCUCCCUGCAGCCGAAAUUUGGGACUGCCAGUCGGACCGAGUUCCUUCUCAGGAGCAGGGCUUUGGAUAUUUGCAUCGGUCUCGGAUAAAUUUCCGUAGUCGGCGCCCCAAACACACUCUGGUUGUCCAUACGAGAGGAAACGCGGGAUGGAUGACCGAGAAGGGUAGUAACAGAAAGACACUGGCUCUGUCCACGGCGCAGACCGUAGGAUCACCGCACACUUCAUCACUGGUCAAGUUUUUUUAUGAAAAGGACAAAACUAUUCGGUCUGAACAGUCGAUUAAACGCUUUGUAAUCAAGGGGAAAGCAUUCCAUUCACAAGCAAUCGAAUGAGAUUCCUACUUGCCCUUGGCAACUGAAGAUGAGGUUACUAUGGAAACGGCUUGUGCUGCUAUCAAUCUUUGGCUGCCUUGCAGCUGUCGCAGAGGAUGCAGAAGUAUUUAAAGGGCCAAGCUGGAAGGCCGAGCCCUCUGACCUGAUCCUGCCCAUCAAUUCCCCCGACCAGGAGGCCUCCCUUCAGUGCCUGGCUAAUGGCAGCCCGUCUCCGGAGUACAGAUGGUCUCUAAACGGCACGCUCAUUGAUCUCAGGAGUGACUACCGGCGUCGCGUGUCUGGGGGCAGCCUGAUCAUUAGCGGCCUGGACAGGGACCAAGACUCGGGCCUGUAUCAGUGCACCGCCUUCAACACAUGGGGCUCCAUCCACAGCCAGAAAGCAAGCUUGCAGUUUGCAUACCUUGAAACCUUCAAGAGCCAGACGAGGAGUGCGGUGAAUGUGCGGGAAGGUCAAGGAGUCGUCCUAUUGUGUGGCACACCUUUGCAUUCCGGGGAGCUCACCUACGCCUGGAUCUUCAACAAGGUCCCCUACUACGUGCAGCAGGACAGCCGCCGCUUCAUCUCCCAGGAGACGGGCAACCUGUACAUCGCCAAGGUGGAGCCCUCGGACGUGGGCAACUACACCUGCGUGGUCAACAACAGCAUCACCCAGGGGAGGGUGCUCAGCUCCCCCACGCCUCUGGUCCUGAGAAGCGACGGAGCUAUGGGUGAAUAUGAGCCCAAAAUAGAGGUUCAUUUCCCAGACAGUGUCCCGGCUGCGAAGGGAGCAGUGGUCAAGCUGGAGUGCUUUGCUCUCGGAAACCCAGUGCCAGAGAUCAGCUGGAGGAAGACGACAGGUGAUCCGUUCCCCAGCAAAGUCAAGCUGCGGAACUCCAACGCCAUUCUGGAGAUCCCAAGGUUCCAGCAGGAGGACGCCGGCAUGUACGAGUGUGUGGCGGAGAACAGCAGAGGCAAGAACGCUGUGAGGGGGAGACUGUCUUUCCAUGCCAAGCCUCACUGGCUCCAGACGAUGAAGGACGUAGCCCUUUCCAUAGAGGAGAACCUGGCCUGGGAGUGUAAAGCUAACGGCAGACCCAAGCCGUCUUACAGCUGGUUGAAGAACGGAGAGAUGAUGGCAUCGGAGGGCCGGGUGCACAUCGAGAAUGGGGUGCUCUCCAUCGUCUCAUUAAACCUGUCAGACGCCGGCAUGUAUCAGUGUGUGGCCGAAAACAAACACGGUGUUAUUUAUGCCAGCGCUGAGCUAAUGGUGUUGGCGUCUCCGCCGAGCUUCACCAACAGCCCACUGCAGGCUCUGCAGAAGGCCCGCUCAGGCAGCGAGGUAACUAUGGAGUGCAGGCCGCAGGCCUAUCCCCAGGCCCUCAAUGUCUGGAAGAAAGGAAGCGAGAUUUUGCAGAGGAGCGAAAGGAUCGCGCUGCUUCCCAACGGUACACUGAAAAUUGCCAAUGUGACCAGGAGGGACGGGGGAAGCUACACUUGCAUCGCUAAAAAUCAAUUUGGGACGGCAAGCGCGAUGGGACGCUUGCUAAUUACAGAGCCCACCAGGAUCACGCUGGGGCCGAGCAACAUGGAGAUCAUCGUUGGCGAGAGCAUCGUGCUUCCCUGCCAGAUCGCCCAUGACCCCGUCCUGGACGUGGCCUUCUCCUGGGCCUUCAACGGACAGCUCGUCGACUUUGAUCGAGACGGGGAUCAUUUCGAGAGAGUGGGCGGGUCUAUUGCAGGGGAUUUGAUGAUUCGCAACAUCCAGCUGAACCACGGAGGCAAGUACGUCUGCCUCAUCAAUACUGACGUGGAGCAUCUGGAGGCCGACGCCAUCUUGGUUGUCAAAGGCCCCCCUGGUCCCCCGGAGACGGUGCUGGUGGAGGAGAUCACUGAUAGCACCGCGCAGCUCUCCUGGAGCCCCGGCCGCGACAACGGCAGCCCCAUCACCGGCUACAGCGUCCAGGGCCGCACCCCCUUCACGGUGGGCUGGCAGGCCGUCGACACAGUCCCCGAGGUGAUCAAUGGGAACACCCUGACGGCCACGGUGGUGGGCCUGAACGCCUGGGUGGAGUACGAGUUCAGAGUGGUGGCCAGUAAUUACGUGGGGAUGGGGGAGCCCAGCCCGCCCUCCCCCAAGACACGCACCGAAGAUGCUAUCCCUGAUACAGCUCCAACGGAUGUCGGGGGCGGGGGCGGCACCAAAUCAGAAUUAGUGAUAACAUGGGAGCCCGUUCCUGAGGAGCUGCAGAAUGGCGAGGGCUUUGGCUACAUCAUCGCCCUGAGGCCCAGCGGCUCCGUCACCUGGACGCGCGCCAUCGUCUCCACGCCCGGCGUGGCCAAGUACGUGCUCCGCAACGAUACCGUGCCACCGUUCGCGCCCUUCGACGUCAAGGUGGGCGCCUUCAACAAGCGCGGCGAGGGGCCCUUCAGCACCGUUGCCACCGUCUUCUCAGCCGAGGAUGUGCCCAGCUUGGCUCCAGUGAGAGUGAGGGGUCGCAGCUUGUCGGCGUCUGAGAUUGAAGUGCUGUGGGAAGCCCUGCGAUCAGUCCCUGAGAGAGUGCUCGGUUACGAGGUGUCGUACUGGGAAGACGACACGAAGCCCGACACGGUGGGCAAGGUGAGGGUGUCAGCCAACUUCACGGCGGUGAACAUCAGUGGGCUGCGGGGGAGCACCCAGUACUUCCUGGCGGCCAGCGCCUUCAACACCGCCGGCACCGGGCCCCCGUCUCCGCCCGUCAACGCCACCACCAAGAAACCACCCCCUGGGCAGCCUCCGCUGAAUGUAAAGUGGACCCUGAUUGGCUCCCAGCUUACCCUUCACUGGGACCCUGUUAUAGCGCUGGACACUGAGUCGGAGGUCACGGGAUAUCUGGUUGUGUGCCGCAGACAUCGCCAUAAUGACGCCAACGCCAUCACCACAGAUCAAACCACGGCGGAGCUCACGCUGUCAUCCAACGACAACUACGCCAUCGAGAUACGCACGCUGAGUGAGGGCGGCGAGGGUAUGGGGAGUGAGCCCAUUCACAUACACAAACUGAGCAUGGGUGCACGGGGCUCGGGAGCAGUGCCGCUAAGCCGUCUCCCGCUGUCCUCUCUUCUCCUUCUCUUGACACUCUGCUGUGCUCUCUGGCUGCCUCCCGAGGACUGACAUCAUCCCUCCUCCUCCUCCUGCCACCACAACCACCACCACCACUACCACCCUUCCGCAGCCUUCUUCUUCACCUCCUCC